UCGUGCGGUCACAUGGUACCAGCCAUCACUUACCAAGUGUGCGAUUUCCGCAUUCUGAGACCAUUUAGCACAUUCUAAGGUCGGUUUACCUGGCUAUCUCAGAGAAAAUGAAGGUUUUGGUGCUUUUCGCUACAUUCCUCAGCCUCUCGUUGGCAGAAGCGACUGUCUACGUGGAUGAACGGUUUUCGGACGAGGCAUGGAAGGACAGAUGGGUAGAGUCUAAGGCAAAGGGAUCUGAUGCUGGACCCUGGAAAUGGUCUGCUGGCAAGUUCUACGGUGAUGCAGACCUGGACAAAGGUAUCCAGACUGGACAGGAUGCGAGAUUCUACCACCUGACCCACAAGAUGGAGGAGUCCUUCAGCAACGAGGGGAAAACGUUAGUCCUCCAGUUCACGGUCAAGCACGAGCAGAAGAUCGACUGUGGCGGCGGCUACAUCAAGCUGCUGCCUUCAGACUUCGACCAGAAGAAGUUUGAUGGAGACUCUAAAUACCACAUCAUGUUCGGCCCCGACAUCUGUGGUCCUGGUACAAAGAAAGUUCAUGUCAUCUUCAACUAUAAGGAUAAGAAUCACCUCAUCAACAAGGACAUAAGAUGCAAGGACGAUGAGUUCACACAUCUGUACACACUGAUCGUGAAGCCCGACCAGACGUACGAGGUCAGGAUCGACAACAAGAAGGUCGAGAGCGGCAGCCUGGAGGACGACUGGAACUUCCUCCCCGCCAAGAAGAUCAAGGACCCCGACGCCAAGAAGCCUGACGACUGGGACGAGAAGGAGUACAUCGAUGAUCCUGAGGACGCCAAGCCUGAGGACUGGGACAAGCCCGAGCACAUCCCCGACCCUGAUGCCACCAAGCCUGAGGACUGGGAUGAUGAAAUGGACGGUGAAUGGGAGCCUCCCAUGAUCGAUAACCCUGAGUACAAGGGUGAGUGGAAGCCCAAACAGAUCAAGAACCCCGGGUAUGAUGGGAAAUGGAUCCACCCCGAGAUUGACAACCCAGAAUACACAGCAGACUCACUCAUCUACAGAUACGAGGACAUCGGCGCGGUCGGCUUCGACUUGUGGCAGGUAUGUCGUGCACACAUUUUUGACAACAUCCUGGUCACAGACGAUGUAGACCAAGCAGAAGAGGCGGCCAAGGAAUUGUGGGAAAAAACAAAAGAUGGAGAGAAGAAAAUGAAGGAUCAGCAGGAUGAGGAGGAGAGGCAGAAAAGAGAGGAGGAGGAAAAGGCCAGGAAAGAUGAAGAAGAUGAAGAAGAAGAAGAGGAGGAGGAAGAUGAGGAAGAGGAGGAAGAUGAGGAGGAGGCUGAGGAGGGAGAUGCUGAGGAGGAGGAAGAGGAGGAAGAUGCAUCAGAUUCCACAGCUGAAAAGGACGAGUUGUAAAUUAUAUAGAAAACAUAGUAGUAGAAAUCUAGUCGUUAAAAACCAUGAAUCAAUUGUCUUGUCUACACCCGGUAGAAUAUGUGUUCAACUUGUCCGUAUGUAAAUUCUGAACUCUGCUAUUCGUUAAGAGAAUGAUGUACCAAACUUGUUGGUAUAUAUCUGAAGACUUGUAUCUUUCCAAUUGUUGUGCAAGCCUAAUGUUCACCCCCUCCCUGUAGGAUGGUUCAGUCUUUCUUGUACUGGUAACGGGAUGUACCAUUUCAGAUUAGGAGUGGCAAGGUGCCACUUAGAGGGGAACAUGUUUCAUGAGAUGUAAAGUGUUUGAUGAUACCAGAGCUUGCACACGAGCACAGGGACGUUUGGAUUAUUUGAUUUUUAAGCAUGGAUAUGUCUGCUGCCAAAUGUGUGGAAUUCAUUUUUGUUCUACCAGUGUUUAUCCAUCACUUCUUGAUUUUAUUUCCCCAUUGCUCCCCCAUGUUUUUGUAAAAAGUAGAACAUGACACUAAGUUUUUUUGGCUUUUGUAAGUCCAUUCUACGUAAAAUAUCCCUUUUGACUGCUGCUUAAAAUGUUAACAUCUUUCCAUGGAGUCUGAUAUGUAGCUGUCACAUUUCUAACACAUGUACAGGGCACAUGUGGCUGUAUGAAAAAAAAAAAGCAAAAAAUGUUCCAUUCUGCUGACCAACUUCCGUGUCAUGAUUGUGAUAUUGAUACAUUUGUUUAGACACUGUUAGACUUUAGGUGAAGGGAAAUAGUGAUGUAUGUCAGCAGGAAUUCAGGCCAAUUUUCAAACCCAUGGCAGCUACUUGGGAGCUGUGAUCGAUAUUGCUCUGCUGACAUUGUCAUCCAUGCUGUACCCAGUGAUAGUUGUAUGUAUCUGUCCUGGUCUGGGUAGUUUCUGUGACUUUGCUGACACUGUUUUCAAUGGCAAAGUCUGAAUUGUCUUAUGUAUUUGAAAUCUGGAAACUUUCAGUCUGUAUGUUCAACAACAUAGGCACUUUUUGUAGUGACAUUUAACACUGCAUAAGGUGGGAUUGAUGGUAUGAACAAUUGAUGUUACCAUGGGAAAAUCCAGCUAUACAUUUUUUCUUCAGACAAGCCCCCUUUUGUCAUGUUCUCAGAGAGCUAAGAACCCCAAAUCACGGCCAUGCUAAACAGAAGGAAAUCCAGCUUUUUAUUUGUAUUCUGGGGGUUCUCUUAGCCUCAGUGCUUACGAGGGUUUAAACACAAACUGGUGUAAGAGAAAAUUUGUUCUUUUCACAAUAAAUAAAAAAAUUAAAAAAAGGUAA